GGUCCCCUCUUGACCUGUGUUUCUGUAGCUGUGGGAAGGAUUGGGGAUUUUUUCCUUCAUUUUCUAAACAAGUGUAUGUGACAAUGGAAUAAAAUAGGUUAGAUUUGAUCUAGGAAGGUAGGUUGAGUGCAGUUUGAGAAAAUUAGUUGAACUGAAGUGUGAUUAGCCUGAUUGUUUUUAUAAAGUAAUUAAAUCUGUAGCUUUAAUCAGAAAGAUGCAAAUUCUUUGAUGGAAGGAGAAACAAAGGGGUGAGGACUUCUAAUCUGAUCAGGGAAGUUGACUUUAAUACAGAUGAAUUGAAAGGCUGGGCCUCUUAUAGACAAGGUAAACUUAGAUGAACAAUCUGGGGGGAGAAGUGUUACCACCUGAUUUGGUUAAAGCUACUCGGAAGGUGGUGGCUCUAUAAGCAGAAGCUCACUGGUGGCCUGGUCUAGAAGUGGACAGAUUUGUGGCCCCUUAUCUUCAGAGGCUGCCAGCUGAUACGGAUACCUAAGUCCACAGGAACAUGAGAGGUUUUCUCAAGUUCUGGAAGUAGCAGGGCAUUUGGUUGCUAACUGACCUGAAAGUUGUUGGAAAGAUCUGCAGUGGGAGACAUUCACCUUCACAUACCCCACAGUUCUCUGCAUCAGAAGAAAGGAACUUCAUGUGCAAGAGUGGUUCAAGAUGAUGAUAUAACGUUGAUAACACUGAAGGUCUCCCAAGAAUAACUGAUUUUAAACUACAAGCAAGAUGCCAGCCAAGACACCCAUCUACUUGAAAGCUGCUAACAAUAAGAAAGGGAAGAAAUUCAAACUAAGGGAUAUCUUAUCUCCUGAUAUGAUCAGUCCACCACUUGGAGAUUUUCGUCACACCAUACACAUUGGAAAAGAGGGACAACAUGACGUUUUUGGAGACAUCUCCUUUUUGCAGGGCAACUAUGAGCUAUUGCCUGGAAAUGAAGGGGAAACCAGAGUUAGCCAGUCUGGUGGCCACAAUGAAUUCUUAAGGGCAAACAGCACUUCUGAAUCCAUGUUUACAGAAACUCCAUCGCCAGUGCUCAAAAAUGCUAUUUCCCUUCCUGCCAUUGGGGGUUCUCAAGCCCUUACAUUGCCCUUACUGUCACCAGUGACAUUUAAUUCAAAGCAAGAAUCCAUCAGGUCAUUGAGAAAUGCUAGGCUUAGCUGUGAGCCAGUAAUAGAAGAAAAAUUGCAGGAGAAAAGUAAGCAGAUGGAGGAUGGAAAAACAUACAAAGAUGACAUAUGGGAGCAAAAUGGUUCUUCUUCACAUUUUACUAAUGGUAGAGACAGUCACUCAUCCAGCUUUUCUGAACGAUGCACUGAUUGGCAAACAGUUGAUUUAUUUGAUGACAGUCGACUUUCACAUGAACUAACCGAGACAAAGACUAAGUCAGAAGAAUCCCUUUCAGAUCUUGCAGGCUCUCUUCUCUCAUUACAACUUGACUUGGGACCUUCACUUUUGGAUGAGGUCCUCAAUGUAAUGGACAAGAAUAAAUCUUAGAACUGGUACUCCCUUGCUUCUUUACAAGUGAUUCACUUAAACAAAAACAAACAAAAAAACCAUAGUCUGAAAGUAGAGACACUUAAAAAUCAGCUGUAUUUGCAGUUGUUUGACGGGUUUUCUAAAAAUAUUCUUAAAAUGCUAUUUUUUUACCUAUUGUUUUUCAUUAUUUUUAUUACACUAAAUUCUCAUAGCAGGAAGCUAAAUUUUAAUAAGUUUUCAGCAAAUAUAGAAUGUUUUUAAGUACCAGUAUUAAUGAUCAGAAACUUAAGAAACAGUUUGAGGAUGAUACCGAUUGUGACAUUUGGUUAGUUCACUUCUAUGGGCUUCUGAAUAUAUGAGAAUCUCUAAGUGUCAGAAAGGAGGCUGAUAUUAAUUAUUCACUUUUAUAAAUUAUUAUGACAUCACUUUACAUGUAGGCCUCUUUCUAGAACCUUGUGUUUGGGGGUUUGAUAGUGUUUUUCUUCAUUUUCUAUAGUACCAUUUCUGUUAUAACUUCACUGUAACUACUUUCUUGGUCUUAUACUACCACUCUGUAUUCAGAUGUGAACAGUUUGAAGGCUUUUUCAGCUUGAACACCUGGUCCAGAGUCUCAGCUGCUUUAAAUGAAUAUGCACAAAUUUACGCAAGUUGAGGCUUGGGCCUGACAUUGUAUAUGAAAUGAUAUGUUGUAAACAGGUGACACAUGCAAAAUGAUAUGGUUAAAUUAUUUUAAAAGUUGAAAUAUAUUUUUUGUGUGCAUAUUGGCUUUUUACUGCAGAGCCUAUACAUACAGUAUCUCAUCAAAAUAGUUGCUUGGCAUUAUUGGUGCUCUUCUGAAAAUUGUAUAUUUGUGUGUUUGAAAAGAAGUAUGUAUUGAUACUCCUUGCUUUUUUUCUUCAUUUAUUGCCACACAUGCUUAAACUUGCAACCAGUUAUUUUAAUUUUUGAAGAAGGCACUGGUUAUUCACAAUGCUUGUGAUGUGUGCUGCAACAGCCAAUGUUUUGGGAAAUGUGGAUCCUUUAAUACAGUACCUACAUGGAUUGCAUAGAUAUCUUGUGCAAUACAAUAAAAAAACCCUUUAAAUUGC